GUCCCGUGACUUGUGGGAGCUGUCGCAGUUUUCUAACGUGCGGGUUCACGGACACAAACAAGCGUCCAUCGCGCUCCUUCCUUGUCCGCGUGAUAUUUGGACGUUUUGUCUUUUUUAAGAGGACACAACGCAGUUGAAUAUCGAUGGGACGCGAGUCCAGACACUACCGGAAGCGGUCCACGUCCCGGGGACGGUCGGGAAGCCGCUCCAAGAGUCGCUCCCCGGACAAACGCUCCAAGAAGGACGACCGAGACCGGAACCGGAGAGAGCGGUCCCGGAGCCGGGACCGCCGCAGGUCCCGGUCCAGGGACAGGAAACGAGUCCGGCGCUCCAGGAGCAGAGAGCGCAGGAGGUCCAGAAGCCGAGACAGGAGGAGGUCGGGCAGCAGGACCCGAACUCGCAGGUCCCGGUCCGCCAGCCCCAGCAAGAGCAGGAGGCCAGACGAAAAAUCAAGGAGCAAGGAGAAGGACAACGUGGAGCCUUUAUCCGAAAAGAAAAAGAUCAAAGAGGAGAAGGAGGAUGAGAAGGUGGAGGACCAAGACUUUGACCAGAACAAGCUGGAGGAGGAGAUGAGGAAGAGGAAGGAGCGGGUGGAGAAGUGGCGGGAGGAGCAGAGGAAGAAGGCCAUCGAGAACAUUGGGGAGAUCAAGAGGGAGCUGGAGGAGAUGAAGCAGGGCAAGAAGUGGAGCCUGGAGGAUGAUGAGGACGACGAUGAGGACAACUCUGCUCCGAUGGAAGGAGACGACGAGGAAGACGGGGAGGGCAAGGUGGAGAGCGAAGAGAAGGAGAUAAAGGAGGAGAAGAAGGCGGAGGAAGAGGAGGAGGAGGAGGUGGAAGCGGAGAAGGAGAGCGAGGCCCCGAUGGAGCUGGAGGCAGAGGAGGACGACGUCGACCCUCUAGACGCCUACAUGGAGGAGGUGAAGCAGGAGGUGAAGAAGUUCAACAUGGGAGCCAUGAAGGGAAACGACAAGAAAGGAGCGAUGACGGUAACCAAGGUGAUGACGGUCCUUAAAACCAGAAAAGGACCCAACACUCACAAGAAGAAGGGGGAGCUGAUGGAGAACGACCAGGACGCCAUGGAGUACUCGUCAGAGGAGGAGGAGGUGGACCUGCAGACGGCUCUGACGGGCUUUCAGACCAAGCAGAGGAAGGUCCUGGAGCCCGUGGACCACGGCAAGAUCCAGUACGAGCCGUACCGCAGGAACUUCUACGUGGAGGUGCCCGAGCUGGCCAGGAUGACGCCAGAAGACGUGAACGCGUACCGCCUGGAGCUGGAGGGCAUCAACGUCAAAGGGAAGGGAUGUCCCAAACCCAUCAAGACCUGGGUCCAGUGCGGCGUGUCCAUGAAGAUCCUCAGCGCCAUGAGGCGGCACGGCUACGAAAAGCCCACCCCCAUCCAGGCCCAGGCCAUCCCCGCCAUCAUGUCGGGUCGAGACCUCAUCGGCAUCGCCAAGACCGGCAGCGGGAAGACCAUCGCCUUCCUGCUGCCCAUGUUCAGACACAUCAUGGACCAGAGGCCCCUGGAGGAGUCCGAGGGACCCAUCGCGGUGAUCAUGACUCCCACCCGAGAGCUGGCUCUGCAGAUCACCAAGGAGUGUAAGAAGUUCUCCAAGCAGCUGUCCCUCAGGGUGGUGUGUGUGUACGGAGGCACAGGCAUCAGCGAGCAGAUUGCGGAGCUGAAGCGAGGAGCGGAGAUCAUCGUGUGCACCCCGGGGAGAAUGAUUGACAUGUUGGGGGCCAACAGCGGUCCCUGGUUCCCCUCAGAUGGUCGAGUCACCAACCUGCGGCGGGCCACCUACGUGGUGCUGGACGAGGCCGACAGGAUGUUCGACAUGGGCUUCGAGCCGCAGGUGAUGCGCAUCGUGGACAACGUGCGCCCGGACCGGCAGACCGUCAUGUUCUCGGCCACCUUCCCCCGGGCCAUGGAGGCGCUGGCCCGGAGGAUCCUGGCCAAGCCCCUGGAGGUGCAGGUGGGGGGCCGCAGUGUGGUCUGCUCCGACGUGGAGCAGCACGUGCUGGUGAUCGAAGAGGACAAGAAGUUCCUGAAGCUGCUGGAGAUCCUGGGCCACUACCAGGAGAAGGGCUCGGUCAUCAUCUUCGUGGACAAACAGGAGCACGCGGACACGCUGCUGAAGGACCUGAUGAAGGCCUCGUACCCCUGCAUGUCGCUGCACGGAGGAAUCGACCAGUACGACAGAGACAGCAUCAUCAACGACUUCAAGAACGGGGCGUGCCGCCUCAUGGUGGCCACCUCGGUGGCGGCCCGAGGGCUGGACGUCAAGCAGCUCAUCCUGGUGGUCAACUACAACUGCCCCAACCACUACGAGGACUACGUCCACCGGGCCGGCCGCACGGGCCGGGCCGGCAACAAGGGCUUCGCCUACACCUUCAUCACGGACGACCAGGUCCGCUACGCCGGUGACAUCAUCAAGGCGCUGGAGCUGUCCGGCUCCCCCGUCCCGCAGGAGCUGGAGCAGCUGUGGGCCUCCUUCAAGGACCAGCAGAAACUGGAGGGAAAGUCCAUCAAGAGCAGCAGCGGCUUCUCGGGAAAAGGCUUCAAGUUCGACGAGACGGAGCACGCGCUGGCCAACGAGAGGAAGAAGCUGCAGAAGGCGGCGCUCGGCCUGCAGGACUCGGACGACGAGGACGGCGCCCUGGACAUUGAGGAGCAAAUCGAGAGCAUGUUCAACUCCAAGAAGAGGGUGAAGGAUCUGUCGGCUCCCGGCUCGGCCUCCGGUUCCUCGGGCUCGGCGUCCUCCUCGGCCGGCGUCCAGGGGGGGCUGCCGGGCCUCGGGCCCCCGUCCGCCGGAAACAUCCAGAAACUGGAGAUGGCCAAGAGGCUGGCGCUGAAGAUCAACGCUCAGAAGAACCUGGGCGCCGAGGCUCAGGACGUGAUGCAGCAGGCCACCAACGCCAUCCUGCGGGGGGGCACCAUCAUGACGCCCUCGGUGUCGGCGAAGACCAUCGCGGAGCAGCUGGCGGAGAAGAUCAACGCCAAGCUGAACUACACCCCCGUGGAGAAGCUGGAGGAGGAGCGGCAGGCGGCUGAACAGGCCGAGACGGUGAAGAGAUACGAGGAGGAGCUGGAGAUCAACGACUUCCCUCAGACGGCCAGGUGGAAGGUGACGUCCAAAGAAGCUCUGCAGAGGAUCGGUGAGUACUCUGAAGCCGCCAUCACCAUCCGAGGAACCUACUUCCCUCCAGGCAAGGAGCCCAAGGAGGGAGAACGGAAGAUCUACCUGGCCAUUGAAAGUGCCAACGAGCUGGCUGUGCAGAAAGCCAAAACGGAGAUCACGCGUUUAAUCAAGGAGGAGCUCAUCAGAUUACAAAAUUCCUACCAGCCGACGAGCAAAAGUCGGUACAAGGUUCUGUAGAGGCGUCUCUAGGACCUCGUCAGGGUGGUUGAGGAAUGUUUUAGCCCAUAUUUUAAAUAGUGUUCUAUUCGAUUACCUCAGUUUAGCAUCGUUUUCUUUUCAUUUUUGAAAGCCCCCCCUUUAGUUUGCUCUGCGUUGGUUUUCACCUCCACAACUAUGAGUUAAACGUAGACUUGUUUUCUUUGUCUCUGCCACCAAGUAGUCGGAUGAGAAAUGU